AUGGCUCAAAAUGUGACAAAAGAAAAGAAAGCUUGUUGUUCUGUAAAUAAAAUUGACCUUAAUAUCACUGAUGACAUUUCUUUAUUUGAAAAUUUGAAUUUAAUUACAUUGGAUUUGGAACAUAAUCCCAUAAAAUCAAAUGGAUAUGGUAUCGCAAAAGUGGAAAGGACAAUACAAGAUAAUCUAAAGUCAACUGAAAGUACAAAGGAUUAUUGUGAAUUAACGUACGAUAAUUGUAUAAAUAACGAUAAAAAUUUAGAAAAGAGGAAAAAUAUGUUCGGAUUUGUUAUUUUAAUUCGUUACUUAAUACAAAAGUUCAUUGACGACUUAGAAACAUCAGAAAAUACUAAAAGUUGGCCCAAUCUGGAUAUUAAGAAUUUUGAAGUAAAAAUAUCGAAAGUGUCUAAUUUCACAAAUAAAGCUGUAAACGAUCCCAAUUUCCUUGAAUCUUUAAAAGCUAUAAAUUAUCAACUGAUUGAAUUUAUAGAGACUGUGGAGGACAUAAAAAGCAAAGAAAAUAUUAACAAUUUUCUUAAAAAUUCAGUGAAAAUUAUGGAUAAUAUUUUAAAUACACUGAAAUUAUAUAAGGAAGUCGUUAAUUGUUACAAUAUAAGUGCUGAAAAUUUAAUACUAAUUAAUAACCAUUUUGAUUCUUAUCGUAACAACACAAAUAUUCUUCACUUCAUAGCUAAUUUAGGUUCUUUUCUAAUUGAUCCAAGGACAAAAAGUGAUAAUUGUCAAAUGAACGAAUCAUCAUCAUCAGAAAAUAAUCCACAAUAUAAAUUUGCCAAAACUUUACACAAGUUUUUUGAACUUAUUAAAGAAAUGAUUGUUGAAAAGAAAAAUUUAUUGCAAGAUAGUCCGGAAUUAAUAUAUUUCAAUCAACCUGACUAUUUGCAUUUAAAUCGAAAAAUAGGUUUUGUUGUAGAUUUAUUAAAGGACGAUAAUAUAAAAAUCAUGUUUCCGAAGGAAUUUGGCGAUUCUGCGAAAAUGCUCAAACUUUAUCAACAGUUGCAAAAUAUUCAGUUUCUUGAUAUGAGAAGAAAGAUGUUUAAAAUUAUUAUGAGUUUGAUUAACGACAAAUACUUUCAACUUUCUAUAUAUAUACAAAAUUGCGGUGAUAGACAUUUAGCGAUACAAGAGUACAUGGAAUAUGUUCAUGAAAAUGUACUUGAUAUAGAAAAAAUUUUAGAAGAAAAUAAAAUUGAAGAUAUUAAAGAGACAUUAACAUCAGUUCUUGCAAAUACUGAAAAUGUAUCUAAAUCUCAAUUGUCAAGUGGGCAAACUCAAAACUGCAAUUCUUCAAAUAAUGAACUUGGUGUGACUAUUAAGAACACUACAAAUUCAAUUAAUGAAAAUAUUCUAAGAUUUUUAAAAAAUAACGUAAAUGGCUUAGCAAAGAACAAAAAUUUAAGUGAUUCCAUUCAAAACUUUGAAUCUAUUAUAAAAGUUUCAAAAGACAAAUUAAACCAAGUUGAAGACGUUGAACUAGAGAGAAUUUUACAAGAAACGCUGAGUAGUAUUACAAUAGUAUCAUCAAUAACAUUUGACGAACCAAAGAAACAAGAUGUGAAACAAAAUCUUAAGAAACAAAACGAUUUAUAUUUAAUGAUUAGGAAAGGUUUAAAUUUUUUAGUUGAAUGUUAUAGAAAUAUUUCAGAAGCAAAAAUAUCGAAUCCGAAUUUAAAAGACAAAAAUCAUUUUAAUUUAAUUUAUUUUAUUUUCGAACGUACUGUGAGUUUAAAGAGAGCUGAUCAAUCUAGCAAAUAUGCUAUUAAAGAAUCACUUGAUCAGCUGAUAAACAAUACAGAUUGCAAUGAUAAUAAUAGUAAAAAUACGAAAAUAAGUAAAUUAUUAUUUGUAAAUUUCGAUGCAUACAAUUGUCUUUUACCGGAAGAAUUCAACAAAAAUAUUACUACUGAUCAUAUCAAUGAUUUUAUUAAUCACUUGUCAAGCGUAGUGCGCGGUAACGGAAAAAAAUACUUUACUGAAGAAAACAUUGGUUCACUUCAAAUAAAAGCAUUUGAGAAUGUUUUGAAGAGUGAAAAAAGUAGGUUAGAAAAAGAAGAUUUGACAAACAUUGAGAUGUUUAAUAAAUCAAUUUCGAUUAUCAACAUUGUUCAAGACAUUGGAAAUGAAGCGAAAAUAAUUAACAAAAAUUUUUACGAACGAUUAAUUUGCAAUGCAACUUACAAAAAUGAUAGUCUUUUGGAUAUUCACGAAGCUUCUCUACAAUCCUUCACUAUAAUGCUAGACAGUCUCAAAAUAUCACAUACAAUCAUCGAUACAAAUUCACCAGAAACAGUUGAUUAUUUAAAAAAAAAUCUAACUGAUCUUCAUGAUAAAAUUCGUAAUAUAACUUCCAAAUUAACAGCACAUUGUGAUACUGACAAAAUAACAACAAAUGACAAUAAUUUAAGUGUUAAAUUUGGUAAGGAUCUUGAACGCAUUACAAAAUACGUAGAAGAAAAACUGAAAAAUGAUCUCUUUAAAGAAAAAUGGCGAUGUUCUAAUAGAGAAAAUGCUAAAAGAUUUCUAAAAUAUUUAAUAGAAGUGCAAAGUAAAAUGAUACUUAUUAUUGAGACUAUUAAAAAGGAAGAUAUAAUUACGAUUUCAACUUCCGAUUAUAAUCAAACUAAAAACAUUUCUAACCAAAUUGAACAUAAAGAAACUGAUAAAAUUCCAGAAGAGACAGGAGAAACAACGACAAGAAGAAAACCAAGUGACUCUGAACCAGCACCAAAAGUUUUCAAAGCACCAGAAGAAAUAACGAAAAGUCCCUCGCCAGAUACACCGACAUUGGAUACAAUAGAUCGACUGCCGGAUACCCAAAUAAUUGAGGCAAAUUUGUCAGAAAUAGAGAAGAGACCAAUGACAGAUAAUCAAAUAUCAUCCAGUUGUAAUUAUUUGAAAAUUUAUUAUGGAAAAUGUAUUUCAAGCGAUGAAGAAGAUGAAGAAGAAGAAGAAGAAGAAGAUGAUGAUGAUGAUGAUGAUGAUGAUGAUGAUGAUGAUGAUGAUGAUGAUGAUGAUGAUAGUGAAGAAGACGAUAGUGAUUCUGAUUCUGAUGAUGACGAAUACGACUAUGAGUCUUCUGAAGAUUCAUUUAGCGAUUGGGAUAUAAAGCUAUAAGCUACUAUUCU